AUGGCUUCAGACCUUGUCGACCGGCCUCGAUAUGUGUUUGAUAGGAAUCACCAGGGAGCCAGUGUUCGUCUCAACUAUCAGCAUUUUCUAAUCACUACACUUACGGACAAUCAACUACUGCACCAAGCCACGCAAGACCGUAUCGAUCUGUCCACCCCGCAUCGAGUCGCAGACAUUGGGACUGGCACAGCGAUCUGGCCUAUGCAAUUAGCUCAAAAACUGCCCCAUUGGCAGAUAGAUGGCUUCGAUAUAUCCGGUGAUCAGUAUCCUUCUGCCACUUGGGUAUCUCCCAACAUUACUAUCCACGAGCAUGAUGCAUUCCAGCCUUUGCUAUCGGAAUAUCAUGGGAAAUAUGACAUUGUCAAUCUGCGAUUUUUCAUAACUCUGCUCAAUGGACAGAUCUUGAAUCAGCUGCUUCAGAAUAUUAUGGCCCUACUUAAACCAGGCGGUCUUUUUCAAUGGCUCGACAUUGACGCUCCGUCGGUCAAACCCAUUGGCCUUGAGCCCGCAAGUAUGACCCGAACGUCUCUUGUUGCAACGAUGAUGAAAAAUACACCACCAGAUGCCGCUCUGUGGAUUACUCCGAACUGUGAUAUGGCCACUUCGGCAAGAUUUGAAGCCAUCGCCUAUGACCAGCUUCGCCUCAACGAUUUACACCGUCCCAUUUGGAAUCAGUGUGUCACGAUGGGCCUAGAGGAAGUGAUCGCUGGCCUUGAAAAAAGAGAAUCAGGUGCUGAGAGUGCCAGGGCACAAGAGAUGCGCGACAUUUUGGACCAUCUGUCAAAGGAAUUCCGACAGGGGGUUAGCAUUGAUACGCCAUGGUUCUACUUGGUGGUGCGGAAGCCACUUUAG